AUGGCCAGAGCCCGUGGGGCGAGGCUCAGCGCAGAGCUGGGAGCUGGGUUGGAGCCCAUGGGGUGUUGCGGAUGUAGGCGCAGGACUGUAUGUUCUAGACCUCUGUGUUGUCUCCUCAGUGUUCUGUCCCGAUACAGAGUUCUGCUGGCGUUGGGCACUAUUCGAAGGAUUAUUAUCGAGAAUCCUGAUCAGGAGCCGUUGUCCCCAUUUCUCAGAGGGGCGAAUUUCUGUCCUGGGAAUAAUGUCAUCUAUGAAAAGACCAUAAGAAAAUACGAGCUAUUAAAUCCCCACCAAGAGAAGCAGUAUCAGUUUUCCCAGUGUCAGAUUCCCCAGCAAGCCGAUCAGUGCCAUGUUGUCCAGCCCUGCCAGCAGCCUGAGCAGCCUCAAGUCACUCACCAGUGCCAGCAGACACAGACCAGUAGCCCUUGUGAAAUAAUUCCAGUCUCUGUGAGCGAUGACUGCAGAGGAAAUACAGUGAGGAGGGUAACCGUUCAAAGGUGUGAACCGGUGAAUUGCUCUCAAGAGAAUAACGACCAGCUGGACUGCCGCUACUUUGGUGAGCUCAUCGCUGAACUGAACCGCAAGACCAAUGACUUGUACAGUUGUUUACUGCAGCAUGUGGAAAAGAUAGGAGGAAGAAAGCUUUUUGAACUAGACAGUGAAGAUAUUGAAGAUUUAAUUCCUAAAGGACUGUCGGAGGUGACAAAGCAGCAGAUCCGCUAUCUCCUGCAGAUGCGAGUGACAUCAGAUAAAUCCUUGAGACUUGUGCUUUCCACUUUCAAGAAUUUACGUGAAGAACUCUGCCAUUUGCAGGACGACCUGGGGAAGUUAGAGACUGACAAUGUCUUACUUAAGAAGGAUUUGGCUUUUAAAGAGUCUCAAGUAAAAGAAUAUGAAACUAUGUUGGCUUCUCUGAGAGAGAAUAAUCGUCAGCAGCAGCAGGGACUCAGGGAGAGCACUGCCAGGUGUCGCACUCUGGAAGAACAACUCCUCUCUCUUCGGCUCACCGAGGGAGAAAAGGAUUGUCAGCUGAAGGAGCUGGAGUAUGGCAAGCGUGCCUUGGAGCAGGAGAUCCAAAACCUUAGACUACAGGUAACAGGGUACUUGACCUGCUCUAGUCCAACACUACAGACUACCACAGAUGAACUCUCCAGCCGUUACGUAGAGAUGAUCAAUAACCUGAGAGAGGACAAAGACCGUGAGAUCCGCAGUCUGAGGGCUCAGUUGUGCCAAUUCCAGCAAGAUAUAUCGAGGAGAGAAGGAAGUAACAGUGACUUGCAGAUCAAGUUGCAUGAACUGACGUCGAUGCUAGACGAGAAAGAUGCUUUAAUUAAACAACAGCAAGAGGACCUCUUCAGAUUGAAGCAUGAGAAAUUAUCAGGCAGCCAGUCCGCUGGUCUAACAACUGUCAUCACUAAGAAGUACAGGAAUCAGUAUCCUAUUCUGGGUCUCCUGUCUGAUGACUACAAGGUUACAUCACCUGUCAAUAAAUCACAAACUAUUGUCAUUGAGAGGACUGGAGAGGUAUGGAAACAGGAAUGA